AUGGAUACUACCUUGCGACCAGCUCAUGGUCCCCAGACCCCCGCCCAGUCUUCUACAUUCUCUUCCUCCUCCUCUACCACUCUCGGUACCUCUUCCAAUCUCACAGCCACGGUAGAACAGCCUUCAAAUCCCUUCAGUAUCCCCGCAAAACCCGUCAACCCUGCCUUUGCGACACCCCUUCAACCAGCCUCGGCCUAUACUACACAGUCCGCCAUGUCGCAGACACAACCCUUGGCACAAAAUUUCUCCGAUCCAGCUUGUGCCUCCGGGUUACAAAUCCCUUCUCAAGGCAUGAACGAGUCUAUACCACGAUCAGAGGUACCGCUCGCAAAUCAGCCUGCCACCGACUACCCGCACCAAGUAAACGGCCUCGGGGGUCCGACUGCCACAGCGCCGUUCCUUCAAGACUUUAGUCUAGUCGCCGAGGCAGCCAAGCGCGCCCAGAUGUCUAUCGUCAUGCGAGACCUCGAGAGCGUGACUCUCUAG